AAUGUUGUUAAUAUUCCAUUAAACUUUAAAUCCUGUUGCUUAAAUUCCAACAGCUGCAAAGAAGGGAAGAUGGCGGCUUUACAUGGCGGGAAAGCCGUGAACCACAGCAGUAAUAAAGAGGAGGCUUUUGUCAGAGUCCGGAGGAGAGAUUUAGAAAAGCUGACAACUGAGGUCAUGCAGCUGAGGGAGUUCCUGCCCAGAGUCCUGAACGCCGAUCUGAUUGAAACGCUUCGCAAAGCCCGAAGAGCGGAGACAAAGAAGGACCAAGUUGAGCAGGAACAGAACCAGCUGAGACAGGAACGGUCGCAUCUUCAGUCCCGGCUGGACGCGGCUCAGACCGAGUGUCAGAAAGAGAGAGAGGAGAAGCUGCUGCUGAGGGAGCAGCUGUGGCAGAGCGGCGAGGAGCUGCAGCAGCAGGCCGACUUCUGCUCCACGCUGGGCUCCUCGGCCUGCAGCCUGCUGUGGAGCUGCUCCUCCAGGGAGGAAACCAUAACCACCUGGCUGUCCGACGGAAAGCUCCACACCUUCCUGAAUAUUGCCGCACAGACUCUGGAGAGUUUUGUCAAGUCUCUGGACGAGGAGUUAAAACCUCCAGCUGAGGACCAGAGCUCCAAUGAGAACCAGUUUGUGCUGGCUCUGGUUGGGACCAUCACAAAUAUAGCAGCAGUGACCGGUGGGCGGGACUUCCUGUGCAGCUCAGGAAACGUGGUGUUGGACACGCUGAUGAAACUGCUGCACCUCAUGAGGCCCGGCGUCUUCCCCAAACUGAAAGUGUUGAUGCUGAUGGCUCUGUAUAACGUCAGCAUCUGCGUUAAAGGACUGAAGCACAUCGCCCAGAAUGAAGAUCUGAUUCCACUCAUCUGGACGCUGCUGGACGCGUCUGAGCACUGGGAGGUGUGUCUCCACUGUCUCCGUCUCCUCCAGUCCUUCCUGCUGGAGGACGACGUCCUGCUGGGAUCCCGCCUGCUCGACCAGGAGCUCCGCGCUCGGGUCGGACGCCUGACCUCCAGCACCCAGCCUGGUCUUAGAGCUUCUGCCCUGCAGACGCUGGAGGACCUGAAGGCCCUCUGUCCUAAAGACGGGAAACCUUCGUAAAAAUGGAGUCGAAUGCGUUAAAGAACCAGAAAUCUUCAUCUGUUGAUGUCUUUCUGUCAGGUUUGAGCUUCAUACGCAGAGUUAUCUACUAAAUCAGACCUGACGUCGUUCUUCAAGUUCUAAUCCAGAUUAUUUUACAACUUUAUGGUUUCUCUGGGAAUCUGUUCCUCAUUCAGUGCAGAUAUAAAGGUUUGAUU